UUGUGAUCACUUCCAGACAUAAAAUUGCUACGUUUCUUUGGCCAUCUUUCCGUGAUCUUAAUAUGCUUGAAAUAAAUGAAAAGCAGGAAAUUUUUAGCAAUGUGCGACAAAUGUGUGCUACUUACGCAGAUCCUUCAAGUACUGUGUCAUCACCACCCAGAAAGAGAGAUAGUUUCAAAGAAUGGAGAAACAACAGGUCCUCCGCAGCAGAUGAAGUAGAUCUCUACAUUUUAAUGCCCCCCGGAGAUGAUUAUGACAUCUUAAAGUGGUGGAGCAGACAUGAAACAGAUUUGCCAGGCCUGGCUGCAGUUGCAAGAUGUAUUUUAUGUAUCCCAGCAACAAGUGCACCAAGUGAAAGAUGCUUUAGUAAAGCCGGCAUGUUAUUAACAAAUCGCCGCAGCCAAUUAAAUACGGAACGCGUUAGUGAUUUACUGCUGAUCAACAAUAACUAUAAUUUUGUUUCUGUUGUAAACAAGUGAAAAGUAUGACAAGUUACGUCCGUAAAUGUUUAAUGUUCUUUGUAUGCUUUUUUUUAU